AUGUCUCAUGAAGGCUUCCAUCCUGCUAUUUCUAACAGGACCACACCCUCAGCAGCCCCAAAUGGCUUAGGGAGAGGUCUUUUCGCUACGACCGACAUUGCCCCCGGACAAGAUGUGCUAAACGUCCGCACGCCAUUCGUGGCCGUCCUAGACACCCACCAGCUGGGUGAGGUAUGUUCAGGAUGCUUUGGAAGAAGACAGCUUGAGAAUGAAGACCGACGUUUGAAAGGCUGCACAGGAUGUCAGAUUGUGAAAUAUUGCGACAAGACAUGUCAAGCCAAAGAUUGGAAGUUUGCGCACUCGCUCGAAUGCUCCAUCUUCCAGAAGCUUAGCCCUCGGGUUCUCCCCAUCAACGCAAGAGCGAUUCUGCGGAUGGUUCUGCGCAGUGGACGGCAGAAGUACACGCCCGAGGAUCUGGAGAUGUUCCUGCAACUGGAGACGCAUAUCAAAGACAUUCGCGAGGAAAACCCUGCUCAAUGGGAACGUAUCUCCAUAUCCUCCAUGGCCAUCAAAGCCUAUUCCGGGACCGAGAUGAAGGAAGAGACGAUAUCUGCAUAUGGUGCCAAGCUUGAGCUCAAUUCCUUCAAUCUUACCAACGCGUUAUAUGACCGCAUCGGACUCUACUUGCAUCCCUACGCCGCCCUCAUGAACCACAGUUGCGACUACAACGCCGUCGUCGGCUUCGACGGCGACGAGCUCUUCGUGAAAGCCAUCCGCCCCAUCGCGGCCGGCGAGCAGAUCUUCAUCUCCUACGUCGACACGACUAGCCCGCGCACGCUACGGCAGAGGGAGCUGCGCGAACGGUACUACUUCAGCUGCCGGUGCACAAAAUGCGAGGCGGAGGCGGAGGCGGAGCCGGUAUCGGUACAUGCAGACAUGAAUACCGCCAAAGCCUACUCCCUCCUCGCACAUAAGUCGGUUUCCGAUCCCCUCACACUCGCAGAUGACAUCUCCUCACUGCUACGCGACCUAUCCCCGAGCCAUAUAACUAUGCAACCAUAUGUUUCCCUCCGCGACGAACUGAUCGUGACUUUGCUCACGCUCCAGAGGUUCAAGACAGCGUUUGCGCACGCCGCGGUCCGAUACCUCCGCGUCGAUCCGGUCGUGUACCCGCAGGAGACGCAUCCGAUCCGGCAGGUGCAUGCGUGGGCGUUGGCCAAGCUGGCGGUGUUGUUGUCGCAGGGUGUGGAGGUUGCACAUGGUGGGGAGGGGGAGCUGGAGCUGGAGCGGUUCGAGGUGAAUUUUAGUUUGCUGAUUUGGGAGGUGUUGCGGAGGUUGGCUGGGUUGGAGGACCGGAGCUGUGCGGUGCCGGCUUUCCAGGGGCUGGUGAAAGGCUUAUUCGGGCAGGUUCAUGCGGAGUUUGUGGCGGGCGGGUUGAAUCCGAGGGGGAUGGCGGAUGAGAUUAGGAGGGAGUGGGGAAAGGUUGAGAGGAUGGUUGCGUGGAUGGUAGAGACGAGGAUGAAUGCAAGUGCCUAG